CUUGGUCGAUGGGCCAUCUUUCCCCUUAUUUUCCAUCCACAGUCAACCUCGUGGUAUAUCGCUUUCUCUUGAACUUCGCAACAUCAACAACAUCCACUGACCAUGCCACCACUGCCGGGUGAGGAGCGAGUGCUGACAGUCUUCGCGGACAUUCAUUACUAUUUCGCGCAACCAAGUCCAAGAACUCGUCGCCAUCGGUUCGACAAAGGUUCCUAUCUAUAUCUCUUCCAGAGCGCCACCCAGCGCAGAAUCAGAAUCGAAGUCGCAAAUAACCCGGGUACCCCGGAGCAAGACGCUUUCAAUGGAGCUCUGGACAAGAUCCACGUGCGACACUCAACCCAGUUCCCGACCCUGUGCACAGUAACGGUAGACGGACAGUCACAAACUGCGGCGCAGAAUGCGCCUGCAUUUCCUCCCCCACCAGGCACCGCGGCUGAAUGGGAGCUAGUCGACGAUGAUUUGCAGAGCCUGGUGCGCUUGCACGCGCUGGACAUCUACUUCUGGACCGUGGAGGAUGCGAAUCAGUUUCUCGAUAUCAUCGAACGGGAUUUGCCUGCAGCGCAGAUUGAAACGGACCGACACCCAUAUCCCCCUCCACCUCAGAGUACCGUCAGCUCGGUAGUCCAACAGCUGGAGACAGUGGCCAUCACUGACCCCGCCUACCAGAACGGACAGACGCGCAACUCUCAGGCAGAAGUGGUCGCCAACCCUGCAUCAAACUACCAGGCCAUUACCCCAUCAAGCACCCUCCCUCCUCCGCCUCCAUUGUCGUCCACCCUUGCUCCCACCGGAUCUCACUUUCCUUCGACUGAACAGCAACAUCAGGAUCCUGCCCCUCAAUCCGCUCCCCUUCCUUACAACCCCGCCGCGCCCGCCGCUCCGGAGCCGAUCAAGCACCGCGAAAAGACCCCUCCUCCAGAAGACUACGCCAAUGGCACGGGUCUCGCGGCUGCCGCCGCUGCACCCGACCAAGGAUUUCCGUUUCCCUCUUCCGCAGCACCAGUGUCCCCAGGACUUUCCUCCCUGAUCUCUUCGCCUGCUUCGCCAGGACCCCACACUACCAUGCCAGGAACCUACGCCUCUCCACCGCCAAGCGCGGGAUUGAGCUUUUCCCCCUCGGUGACACGAUCUGCAUCUAUCUCCGGCCCCCCUGGAAUCCCGUCGUACACCACAGCCUUCCUUUCCGGCGAAAGCCCGGAAUUCCAGCACCAGCAGCACCAGCCCCGCAGCUCGCUCAGCAGCACGGGCUCGCUUCCCGGACCGCCCGGGCCGCCGCAAGCAACCACCAUGACAUUUGCACCACCACCCACGGACGCAACAGCCCAGAAUGCAAACCCUGCUGCUGCUGCUGCUGCCGCUGCCGCCAUGACCUUCGCACCUCCUCCCACCGAGCCCCUCUCACCCCCUUCACAAACCGAAACCCAGCCCCCGUACACAAACCAAUAUCAGUACCAACACCCGCAGACCACCCCCCCUCCUCCCAUCCACCCCGCCGUCGCGAUAGCCGGCUACUCGAACUACUCGUACGAGCAACGGGGAACCGUGGCAGGCGGCAACGCGCCGGCCGAGUACGACAUCCACCGACAGAUGUACCGACCCACGGAGGCGGAGGCGACCUCGCGCCACCAGAAGUACGCGAAGGAGGCGAUGAAGAACCCCGGGGAUCGGCCGCAGACGUUUGUGAAGAGCGCGUACCGAGUGGAGAACAGCGUGAACCGGUUUCUGAAGAAGUUGGAGAAGAGGCUGUAGCUGCUGCUGCUGCUGCACGAGCCUGUCCACGGGUGUGUGUGUUGGGUUGGGUGAUCAGUGUGGCCUUUGCUCCUUUCAUGAUCAGGUUGUCCGGUAAUUUCAGCUAAUCUGUAAAUGAUGUUAUGACCUUGG